AUGUCGCACAACAUGUUCGUUGGCUCGGGCAAACGCAGUGGCACCCGCGGUGGCGCUGACCAGUUCAGCUGGGAGAAGGUAAAGGGCGACAAAUACAAGGAUUUCUACCUCGGACACUCGCUGCACACGACAGCGAAACCAACCUUCAACAACCGAAAACCAAACCCGCUGUGGUGGACCAAGGCCCAGGAGGACAGCAAUGGUGAGGUGGACGACGCAGCGCGCCGUCGGGCUGAAAUAGCAGCCAUCAAGCGCGAGGAGGAGCAGCUGCACCAGGAAGCUCUAGGGCUGGCGCCGCGGAGGCGAAAGACACAGGAGACACAGCUCGACUCCAACGAGAUCCAGGAGCUCACCCGACGCGGCAACACCGAGCGUGACGCUUACGACGCCGAACGCGUUGCGGGCCUCGGCUUUGCCCCGGCGCCGCAGCACCAGACAGACGCGGCACUCCUGCCCACCACUUCCCGGUCGGCGAGCGGCGAGGGCGAAGGCGGCGAUGCCGAGCGGCGCACGGGCCGAGGGCGACCUGACACCGGUGAGUCUCGGGACGAGUGGGAGGAAGCCCCAGGCGACCUCACGACGACGACGACCAAGGCCAAGCAGGGCGACAAAAAGGAUCCCAGCAGCAGCAGCCGGAAGAGCCGGAGGGACAAGGAGGAGCGCAGGGAGGAGAAGCGGCGAAGGAAGGAGGAGAAGCGAAAGAGGAAGGAGAAGGCCAAGAAGGACAAGAGGUCGGGGAAAGAGCGCUCCGAGCGCGACAAGCACGCCCGCACGGAGGGCAGCGACCGGAGCCGUGGCCGCGAGGCUGGCGACAACAGGGACGACGACCGCAAGCGGCGACUGCACGGGGACGACCACGGGCGCGAGGAGCGAUCACGCCGUCGCCGUGACAGCCGCAGCGCCUCCCGCUCUCCGAAACGGCGGAGGCACGACUCUCCCUCGCCCCCAGUCCGCCGCCGCUCCCGCCACGACUCGCCCUGA